AUCCAACACCUUCAUCUUCAAUUGCCGGCACAUCCUACCCUGUACUAGCAAUAAUUAUGGACUCAUUUCAUUCAUCCCCAGCAACUUCAACCAUCGCAAUAAUUGCUUUUCCAUUACUGUUACUAUUUCUUUUCUCUUUCCUAUGGAUAUCAAAACAUGCCCUAACAGACACAAACAAGAAGCAAACACCACCAGAGGCUGGUGGAGCAUGGCCUAUUAUUGGCCAUCUUCACCUCCUAGCAGGGCCACAACCACCUCACAUAAGCUUGGCUAACAUGGCUGACAAAUAUGGAAGAAUGUUCACUAUCAAGUUAGGUGUGCAUAGAGCUUUGGUGGUGAACAAUUGGGAAAUUGCUAAAGAAUGUCUCACCAUAAAUGAUAAAGCAUUCGCCUCUCGUCCAAAGGUAGUAAACAUGGAGCUUUUGGGUUAUAACAAUGCCAUGAUUGUCUUUGCACCAUAUGGACCUUAUUGGCGUCAAGUGCGCAAGUGUGUCACCAUUGAGCUCCUCUCAACUCACCGACUCGAUUUGUUUAAACAUGUAAGGGAAUCCGAGGUGAAAACAUCACUGGAACAGUUGUACCAGAUAUGGAACAAGAAGAAAAGUACUAAUUGUGACAAAGUAUUGGUGGAGAUGAAGAGAUGGUUUAGGGAUGUUACUCUUAACAUGAGUAUGAGGAUUAUUGUGGGCAAGCGAAUAUCGAGUUCAAGUGAAGGAGGUGAAACCAUGAAGUGUAAGGAAUUAUUGGAAGAUUUCUUUGAAAUGGCGGCCAAGUUUGUAAUUUCGGAUACGCUACCGUUCCUGAAAUGGUUGAACAUAGGUGGAUACGAGAAGUCGAUGAAGAAGAUAGCGAAAGAAUUAGACCGCAUUGUCGAGGGAUGGCUACGAGAGCACAAGUGCAAGAGAGGUGAAGAUGAGGCAAAUAGUGAGGAGGAUUUCAUGGGAGUGAUGCUACCUAUUCUUCGUGAUGCGGAGGAGCAUGAUGCUGAUACCAUCAACAAAGCCACCAGUCUCGCUCUUAUUUUAGCGGCAGAAGAUACAACCUCGAUUACAAUGAUAUGGGCUUUAUCUUUAUUACUCAAUAAUCGUGAUGCAUUAAAUAAGGUUCAACAAGAAUUAGACAUCCAUGUUGGCAACAAUAGAUUGUUAGUGAAAGAAUCGGAUAUCAAAAACUUAGUGUACCUUCAAUCAGUCAUUAAGGAAACUCUUCGCCUAUACCCUGCUGCUCCGCUUUCUGUGAUGCAUGAAUCCAUUGAAGAUUGCACUGUUAAUGGAUAUCAUGUUUCAACCGGCACUUGGCUUAUUAUCAAUCUUCAAAAGAUUCAUCGUGAUCCAUUUAUUUGGGAAAAUCCUUUUGAAUUUCAUCCUGAAAGAUUCAUGACUACCCAUAAAAACAUUGAUGUGAGGGGAUAUAAUUUUAAACUAAUUCCAUUCGGUAGUGGUAGAAGAAUGUGCCAUGAUAUUUCAUUUACACUUCAGAUUAUGCAACUUACAUUAGCUAAUUUGUUGCAUUGGUUCAAGUUUGAAACCCCGUUGAAUGAAACAGUCGAUAUGCGUGAAGUAGCUGGAAUGACGAGUCCUAAAGCAACUCCAUUAGAAGUUCAUAUAACUCCUCGCUUACCUACUUUUGUUUAUGACUCCAACAACUAGUUGAAUUGUUAAGUU